UCGGUGCGGCGCCAUGGACCUGGCCAUCACGCAGGAGCUGGCCCGCGCCCAGAGCCAGCAGGAUGAGGCCUCCCUGAAGAGGGCCUACGAGCUGAUCAAGUCGGCCAACCUCGGGAGGUCAGAGUUUGACCCCAUGGAAAGCUUCAGCCCCGAUCUGUUUGUUUUGUGCGCAGAACAAGCCCUGAAGAUGGGGCACCCCGCCCUGAGCGAUGACUGCCUCCGGAUGUACUUCAAGGUGAAGGGGCCCGUCACCCAGUUCCUGGGCCGAGCGCACCUGUGCAGGGCCCAGCUCUGUGCCCCCAAGUCCACCGAAAACCUGGAGGAAUUUGAAAAUUGUGUGACUCAGUAUAUGAAGGCAAUAAACUUUGCAAAAGCAGAACCCAGGUACUACUUCCUGGUGUAUAACGCAUCGGUCCUCUACUGGCACAUGGUGAGGCCGUUUCUCAAGCCGGGCUUUCACCACCGUCUGCUCUCCAGCCUGGCCCAGAUUGUCAGUGUGCUGCACCAGACUGAGGAGGAAGACAAGGACUGGCGCGCUGAGCUGAUGCUGGAGCUUCUGGACUGUUAUCUCCAAGCCGGAAAAAAGGACGAGGCCGCAAAAUUUUGUGUCACCGCAGCACCGUUUAUAAAAGCUAACGUGCCGCACAGAUACCGACACAUGUAUUCCGUCAUGGUGCGACACGGACUGGCGGACGAGCAACAGUUAGCGGAAGAGAAGAAGACCUCCACCAGCCUGGCCGUCACUUACCACAUCAACGUGCUGAAAGCGAAAUUGGAUAAGAAUGAGUUACCUGAAGAUGUGGGUGCGAUUCUGAAGGAGGCCUACGGACAUUUAAGUUCCUACAAUCACCAGCGCUCCCCUGCGGUCCGAGAGGAGAAAAUUCUUCUGCUCUUCGAACUGGCCCGGCUCUCUCUGGCCUUGAAGUGUGAGGAGAUCGCCUCCGCCUGCCUCUCCGACCUGCAGAGUGUCGACGGCAGAGAUCCUGGGAAGCUGAUUGAAAUCGAGUGCCUGGAGUGUGAACUGGAAGCUUUGAGUCUCGAAAGUAAACUUGAAGUCUAUGUCCGAGCGGCCGUUGAGAUGCAGCUGAGCAUAGUCCAGAGGCUCGACGUGGCCCUGCAGCGAGCUGUGCGCCUGGGCGAGCCGGGGCCCAUCCACGCGGUGUGUGCUACGCAGUGGAACAUGUGUCUCCCUCUGCUGCAGCACAACCUGCGGCGCCAGCUGCGGAAGCCGCUGAGCAACGUCGCCGAUGUCCUGGAGAAGGCAGACAGCCUCAUGGUCCUGCUCCGCUGCCAAGUGCACAUGGAGAUGGCGCACAUUGAGGAGGACGAGGACCGGCUGGAGCCGGCCAUCCAGCACCUGCAGAAGGCCGUGCUCCUGGACAGCCUCGGCCUCUACCAGGACAAGCUCACCAGUGACUUGAACCGGCUGCGCCUGUGCACCAUGCUGUACCAGUCCCCCGAGCGUGCCGAGGACAAGGCCAUCAUGGCCAUUGAGCAGGCGAAGAAGGCUGUCCCCAAGGACAGCGUCAGGAAGAAGCGGGCUCUCCUGGUGAACGCGGGCCUGGCGCUGGCCCCUGACACCUUCCAAAUUGUGCUCGACAGCGAGAAUGAGGCCAAAGUGUCCAUGGGGAAAGUCAGGGGCCGCUUCACCUACCUGUUUGCGAAGGCGCGGCACCACAUGGUCAGCGUGGACAAAGCCGCCGGGCACCUGCGGCGUCUGGGGGCCGAGAACGACAAGGAGAGAAUCCAGAUCUGGGCGGAGCUCGCCAAAGUGUCCCGGAAGCAAGGCGUGUGGGACGUCUGCCGGGCGGCGAGCCGCUUCUGCCUCCUGUACGACAACGUCAAGGUGAAGAGGCUGGCGCAGCUGAAGAAAGGAAAGAAGAGGAGGGGCGGAGACAGCCCGGCCCAGGACGCCUGGGGCCCGUCGGAGGUCACCCUGCAGAGGCAGACGAGCCCCAGCCUGCUGCGCACGUUUGCGGAAGUGGGCUUCAUCAGCGCGGAGGCCACGGUGCACUUGCUGCGCUCCGAGGGUGUGGAGCUGAACAGCCGUCCCCGCCCCCCGGAGGACCUGAGCCAGCACUCAGCCGGCUACACGGUCGAGUCCCCGGAGGACAACGCGCAGUGGAUCACGUACCGGACCUGGGUCGAGGGUCUGUCGCAGAGCGCCAUGGGCAGCUGGCUGCGGUCUGCUGAGAUCGGACGGGAGCUCCAGGAGGGCUGGAUCGUGCAGAACGCGGUGGUCUACGUCCUGAACCACAACUAUCACCUCAUUGUGGCCGGGCGGCAGAGGGAGCUCGUGGACACCUUGGACCACCUCCUGAGCAUUGUCAAGGCCACGGGCCACAGCGGACACCCCACCGUGCUGGCCAUGCUCUGUAACACGCUGGCCCGCGGCUUGAUCAUUAAGUGGAUUCCAGCCCACGUGCCAGAAAAAUCGAAGAGACCCGUACGCUCCAACCUGUUUCACGCCCCACUGGACUCGGUGGCCAGCUCUGAAGUCAGGACCGCCGUGGAGGUCUGCGAGUUUGCCCUGAGCCCGACGGACGGGCCUGUGCCCGAGGAGGUGCUGCCCACCAGCGCCCGGCAGCAGCUCGUCGCCACCUGGGUGAAGGGCAAGCAGCUGCUGCAGCAGCAGGUCGGGCCGCGGCUGGGCGUGGACGAGCAGAGUCCCAACGAGGACAUCGACUUGGUGACGCAGGUCCUCGUCGCUCUGGAGAUGUACUCCUGCAACGGGCUGGGCCUCAUGGACUUCGCCGUGCCCCCCCUGGCCCAGCUGGUGAGGACGGCGUCCGAGUGCGGCUGGUCCGACCCGCUGGUGGGGCUGCAGACCCUGAUGCGACUCACGCGCUUCGCCCACGCCGCGCGCGACCACGAGCUCACCAUGCUCUGCUCGCAGAAGGCCGCCCAGAUGGGCGUCAGACUCCUGCGGGCCUGCGACCCGGUCGAGACUGAACUGGUGGCGGAGAUGCUGAGCACCACAGCCUGCCUCCGGGGCAGGAGCAUCAUGGAGAACCUGAAGGGGAGAAAGCAGCUGCGCCUGGCGGCCGCCAAGGCCUUCAUAAAAAGUGCCAAGUUUGGGGGCAUUGCAAGGAGCAGCGCCCUGGUGAUGGUGGCUGUGAGGCACUACUGGAACACCUGGCUUCCGUUCCUGGCCUCCGCAGCCAGCAGGAGGACAACCAAGAACGUCCUACAGCGGAUCAUCAGCAUCAUCAACAAGACAGAAGCGAAAAAGCAGGGAAAGGGGAAAGUGCUGCUUCUUCACCAGUGGCCUACGGCGGACUCCCACAGUGGAGGGAUGACAGAAGGUCACUUUCUCCCAGGUGCCGAGGACGACCUGACGCUGCGCGCCGCGCUCUACGGGCUGCUGUUCCACUGCCACGCGGACCUCGGGGACUGGGAGGGCGGCCUCAAGGUGCUGGACGAGGCGGUGCAGGUGCUGCCGCGGACGGCCCACCGCCUCUUGAUUUUUAAACAUAUGGUCAUGGUGAAAGCCAAACUUGGCCAGAACUUCACCAUGGAAAUCCAGAAGUUCAAGGACGAGAGGGAAGAUUAUCUGGCACACAUGUGGCGCCAACUGGCCUUGAACUCGAGCAGCGCGUCCGGGCAGCUGGUCUGCCACCACAACGCCAUCCGGGCCCUGCAGAAACCAGAGAGCGAGUGGCAGAAAGUUGAGUACAUCCUGGAGCUCAGCGGAUGGCUGUACUACAAGCAGUUUCCUAUGGAAGAUGUGAUUUUCCACCUGCAGUGGGCGGUCGACAUCCUGACGCUGAUCACCCCGGCCAGGGACAGGCCUGAGGGGGCAGAGGAGCCAGUGUCCACUCCGGAAGCCCCAGAAAGCAUGGUGUCCAAGGACACGGGGACAGUCCCCGUGGAGAAGCUCUGGAACGUGAGGCAGCUGGAGGCACUGGCCCGGGCCUACACCCUGCUGGCGCUGAUGGUGUCCCCGAGCGCCGCCGGCUAUGAGGAAUACUGCCUCCUGGCCUACAUGUGCCUCAGGCGCAUCUGGCAGGUGUCUUUAUUAACAGCAGGAAAAGCAAUUUCAGAAAGCAAAAUUCUAGAAGCAACAGCCAGCUCACAUUUGUUAUUGCCUAAAAAAGAAAAGGACAAGAAGAAGGGGAAGGACAGAGAGAAGGGCAAAGACCCCAAGCAGCAGCAAAGCGCCGCCGCGGGCAAGCAGCUCCAGGACGCGCCGGCCAGCGUGGAAGAAUGGGCUUCCUACUGCUGCCCCGAAGGAGUGAUGUCACUGUUCCGACAUGAUAACAGCGACUUUACCAUUAACCCCUCCAGCAUCCGGAAGCCGACGUACACUUUGUACUAUCUGGACCACUUGGUCAGAGCCCUGCAGAAGCUGUCCCUUCACGAGCUCACCGUCCCGCUCCUGCAGCUGGGGGCAGCCAUCGCGGCCGCGGUGGUGGACAGCAAGAGCCUCGGAGACCUCUACCACCUGCGACUUGCCCUUGCUUGUUCCGACUUGAAAUUGAGAGAAGCAGCUACUCACCACGAGGAGCAGGCCGGGCGGACCUACAUCUACGAUCUGGAGCAGGCGAGCUGCAGAAAGGAAAUUGCCUUGAGAAAGGAGAAGAAUAAGGUAGCGGUCUUAGACGACAGUGUGCCGACGCCGGCUGAGCCCGGAACUGCAGUGCCGCCCCCGGAGACGAAGCCCCUCGUGGCCCAAGACAAGCUCCUGACGGUGAACGGAGACACGGGGAGGGGCCUGGAAGGGACGUCCUUCCCCCAGCUGUGGAUGCUCAAAGCCGACGUGCUGCUGGAGAUGGACCUGCACCAGCCCGCGAGGCUGCUGCUGGCGGAGGCCUGCCUGGCCUUCCAGGAGCUUGGGGACCCUUGUGCGGAAGCAAAGUGCCUGCACCUUCUAGCGCAGCUGUCGAACAAGGAGAAGAACCACGCGCGCGCCCUGACGCUGCUGGAGAAGGCCCAGCGCCUGGGCGGGGACGAGGAGUUCUGGCACAGCUCCGCGCUGACCCUGGCAGACGCGCUCCUGGCCACGGGAGGCGAAGGCAGCAAAGUGACGGCCUGCCGGGAGUUGCAGAGACUCAUCGACGUCUUCAGGGACCUGCAGAGGGAGAGACCGAACCGAGCGCCCAUCCUGGAGUUUAUGAGCACAGACCUGGAAGCCAGAUGUGUGAGCCUCCGGGUCAGGGCCGUCGAGGACCUCGCUGGCUGUGAGCCUCCCGAGCGCUUGCUCCUGCUGACCGAGCUGCACGAUCGUUUGAUGGAGAUUGAGAAAAAGCUGACCGCCUGCGGCUACAAAGAGAAGUGUGUGGACAUAAAACUAGAGCGCGCAAAGAUCAAGAGAUUAUGCGCCCGACACGAAAGAGGGGAAGGGCAGAGAACGGCGUAUCACCUGGAGGCCUACGACUUGGUCCAGAGCGCCGUGGCCGAGGCAGAGGCACUGUUUCUCAGCGUGCGGGGCUUACUGUCCUCGCAGGAGUCCGGCUGGGACGCAGCAUUGCAGCAAGAUUCGCCCUCCCUUCCGAAAUAA